ACUUUUUCAUAGACCUUUGACUACUUUGUAAAAUAUCAUAAUAAAACGUUUCCUUUUGGAAAGGAAUGAUACCUUAUACUCCCCGAUUAUUUAUUGCAUUAAUCUCCGAUAGAACGGGAAAUGUUGCGGUAAGGAAAAAACAACAAACGGAUGAUAUGUGCCAAACCAUCCCGGACACGUUGUACCGGAGAGGGGACUCGUCUGCCCUUGGAGUUCACCCUCGUGUCGCCUUUCCCCCACUUCUGUCAAAACCAACCCUCAUGAUCUGUAACAUACACACACACGGAGACAUAUGUAUAUAUACCAGGAUCACCAGACCAGAUCAUCCAGAACUCAUCUCUUCUCCGGUCAACAAUGAAGACUGCUAUUGUAUUGGUUGCUCUUUUCGGGUGCUGCAUGGCCCAAUUGCCAAAAGCGGCCCGCCAAAGCCAACAGGUAAACCGCGGCGGCCAAGCAAGAAAUUUGCAACUGGUCGGUGGACAGACAUUCUACCAACCGUCCCUUGGACAAGUGCAGUACCAACAGGUCCUCGGCGCCCCUGUCGUCAGCCACUACUCCGUACCUGUCCAGCAAUUGGCAGUUAAGCAGUACCACGUCCCAGUAGCUGCCCCUGUGAGCUACUCAGCUCCCAGUGUAAGGACAUCCGUCGUCAAACCCGUCGCCGUCCUCAGCCAAUACCAGGACGUUAGCCACGACGGAUCCUUCACAUACGGAUUCCAAUCCGAAGAUGGAGUCUCUGUCCAGGCCAGCGGCUCGUUGAAAGCCCUCGGACCAGAAGAAACCGCACAAGUCGUUCAGGGUUCUUACACCUACACCGCCCCCGACGGCACCCCAGUUACCACCAACUGGUACGCAGAUGAGACCGGAUUCCACGCCGAAGGAGACCAUCUCCCCAAAGCCCCGGAAGGACACACAAGGACAUACUAAGGACCAUCAUGAUACCAACCCUAAUUACCAAUUUCUAGUUACAAUCUCAAUAAAUUAAGUUUUUGAUUUUAAAA